GAGCGACAUCGAAAAGAACAUCGUAAUCGGGAAGCAACGCGCAAGUGGAGCGGAGAGUUUUCCUUACGAGUCUGAGGACAAGCGCAUUUACGGAAAAUGAGUUUACCAGCGUAUACACCACAGACACCGUGUCCGUCGCCUUUCGUAUAUGGACUCUCAUUGGAAGACGUCUGCAGUGCCAAUUCCACAAGCUCAUUUCUAACUCUCGUGAGCACGUUAACUGCUUAUAGCUUCGCAAUUAACGAUCCAUGCCGGCAUAUUACACCAAUCACAAAACCCGCUACUUCUUAUGAUUUCAUUGUCGUCGGAGGUGGCGCGGCUGGAUCGGUCGUGGCCGCUAGGUUGAGCGAGAAUAAAGAUUGGAAUGUACUUCUCGUGGAAGCUGGACCAGAUGAACCAGCCGGCACCCAAGUACCAAGCAAUCUACAACUCUACCUCAACACGGAUCUGGAUUGGAGGUACAAAACUUCGAACGAAUCUCACGCUUGUCUGGCAAAUAACGGCAGCUGUUCCUGGCCAAGAGGCAAAAAUCUUGGCGGAUGCACUUCUCAUCACGGUAUGGCUUAUCAUCGAGGUCACGCAAAAGAUUAUCAAAGAUGGAUGGACAUGGGUAACGCGGGAUGGUCAUGGGAGGAUGUGUUGCCGUACUUCAAGAUGUCGGAAGACAAUAAAGAAAUUGGAAGGGUCAGCGCUAAGGAUCAUGGCACUGGAGGACCGAUGACAGUUGAAAGAUUUCCUUGGCAGCCACAAUUCGCUUGGGACGUAAUAAAGGCGGCGAAGCAAGUAGGCUUAGGAUCCACCGAAGACAUGGUGGGCGAGAAGAUCACAGGAUUCACCGUGGCGCAAACAAUUAGCAGAAAUGGCGUUAGACUUAGUGCUUCCAGAGCUUACCUGUGGCCGCAUAGAAACCGCAAAAAUCUGCACGUCGCUAUAAAUGCGACCGUGAUGAAAAUCACUACACAGAAAGUCAAUUUGAAGUUGAAAGCUACGGGAAUUGAGGUCUUUAUGAAUGGCAAGAAGCAUAUAGUAAAAGCGAAAAAAGAAGUAAUUCUUUCAGCCGGUACUAUAAAUUCGCCUCAACUGCUGCUCCUAUCGGGAAUCGGACCGAAGGAACAGUUAGAAAAAGUGAACAUUAAAACAGUUCUCGAUCUACCGGGAGUCGGUGAAAACCUUCACAACCAUGUGUCAUACGGCAUAGACUUCACUUCCAAACAAACGAAACAAAAUCUGCUAAAUAUGGACAAUGUCAAUCAAUAUAUAAACAAUCAAACCGGCCCAAUGUCGUCUACGGGUUUGGCUCAACUCACUGGAAUCUUGGCGUCUAGCUAUACUACCCCGGACGAUCCGGACAUUCAGAUCUUCUUCGCCGGCUAUCAAGCUGUUUGUGAUACAGGCGGUAGGAUCGCGGAUUUAAAUACGUACAAUAAUAAAGAGACCAUCAGAAUUACCGCCGUAAAUCUUCACUCACGCAGUAGAGGCCGAAUCACGCUUAAAUCGAAUAACGCCACGGAGCCCCCAAUCAUCUGGAGUAACGACAUGGGGCAUCCGGAGGAUAGAGCAAUUAUUUACCAAGGCAUUCAGUAUAUCUUGAAACUGACAAAGGGGAUAUCAUUAUGGAAGUAUCGUUUAAAAAUGAUGGACAACACUGUCCCGGAAUGCCAAAAAUAUAAAAAACAUAAUAAAGUUCUGACCGAGGAAUAUUGGGAUUGCCAAUGCCAAUACAAUACUCGUCCUGAAAACCAUCAAGCCGGCACUUGUAAAAUGGGCCCCUCUGACGACCCGAUGGCUGUCGUUGACCCAGGUCUUAAGGUUCACGGCAUAGAUAAUUUGAGAGUGGCUGACGCGUCCAUUAUGCCAAGGGUGGUUUCUGGUAAUCCUGUUGCUACCAUCAAUAUGAUUGGCGAGAGAGUGGUUAAAUUUAUCAAGAACGAUUACAAUAUGAUUGAUAACUGAAUAAGAACGAAAAAUACAUCUAUAUGUUUCUUCUAUUUCUAAAAAGUUAAGAAUCUCUACGUCCGUUGAUAUAUUUUGACAAGUUUUAUCUAUUUAUAAACAUGACAACUUUGUGAAAUAUUUAAUUGAAAUGUAUUGCUGUUAACAAAAUAAAUAAAUAAAUAAAUAUUCAAAUUUACAC